AUGUCUCGCCCUUUGAAACGGAUUCCUAUCCCAGAGCCCAAACGACGCAGACCUCCUCCUAAAGAUUCAACUCCCAAGCGAGAGACUUCGGCCACUCCGGCUCCAGCCACGUCUGAUGGACCUCAAGGUGCCUACGUUGACUACAAACUUACAUCUUCAAGGCAUAGCGACAAGAAAUGGGACGUAUUUAAAUUACAAUCCCACCAUGACACUCCCAUCGACUUGCACAGUUGGCCAGCCCCAGUGAAACUUAAUAGGAAGGACUUCAAGUCUCGUAAUCAGGUCGAGGAGGCAGCAGGCCCACUAAUCCCAAUGUUGGGGGAAGACGGGAAGCCAGUGAUAGGUGCAGAUGGCAAGAUUGUCAUGCUAAAUGCGGAUGGGACUCGAGUGAAGAAGGAAGACGAUCCUAAGGGGAAGAAGAAAGCAAAGGAGGACCCAAAUGCAAAGAAGAAAGCCUUUAUGAAGAAAACGCGGCAGGUUCACAUGAUCCCAGACGAAAUCCGUGCAUUCAGAAAGGAGCACCGCAAGGACUGGCUUUUAGAGGACAAUGGAGGUGGACUUGCGGCCAAUCAGAGCUGGUCAGGCAAAUACUCAGACGCAAACGACAAGCAAAUAUAUGCCUUUUUCGCCCCUGUACCCGGCAACGACAAAGAGUUCCGCUUUAUUCCCGUCCAUCGUUUCUACAACUUUACUAGGAACAAUAACGUCAGCACAGAACGCGUAGAAAGUCAGCAUGCACGUAUGCAAGCUGCAAAAAAUAGCGCGCGGACAAAGCCGAAAAAAGAGGAAGAAGACGAAAAGCCAACGCGUGGUGGCCGUAGGCUAAGAGUUGUCAAUAACGGGCGGGAGCGUUACGCCGAUGAGGAUCACAAGCCACACUUGGGAGGAGAAGGCGAUUACGACGAGAUGGAGUAUGAAGACGAGGUGCAGGACGAUGAAGAAGGGCCCGCUGAACUACCUCAGGACGAAGAUGAGAAAGAAGCAGUUGAACGGCAAAAACGAGAGUACCUCCGCAACAAAGUUUCGGAAAGAGUUGAGCCCGAGUCAGACGAAGACGAAGAUGACGGCAAAGGAUAUACAGAAGACGGUCGUCAAUUAAAGAAGCUGAUGAAGAAAAUGCUGAAUGAGAGCGACGAUGAAAAGAAUCCUUACGCUGACUCGGAUGAUGAAGAGGAUGAAGAGGAGAAUAAACCUGAGCAACCACCAGCUGUGGGAGUUAUGCCUAACACACCAACACCAUCGGGUGCAUCUACACCUCGCCCUCAAGGCUCCCAGCCCAAUCAAUCUUCAUCUCAGCUGCCCAAACCAGCCCAGAAUGCUACCAAUGCAAACAACGCUGCACAGCGAGUUACUUCUCCGUCUAUGGGAGGAUCCGCUCUGCUCGCUCAACGAGCAACAUCUCCUCAUCCUGUGCGCAAAUCUCCCAGUGUGUCUGGAUCUACCAACCGUGCGACAACCCCGAUGUCCCCCGCCGGUACACCCUCUUCAGGAAAUGGGAAUGGUAAGAAACGCAAGGACCAUCCGGAUCGCGCCGGUACCCCCACGCCCCCUCAAAAACGACCUACACCGACACCCCAAUCUCCAUCGCCUGCAACGCCAGGUGCUUCCAGCCAAAAGAAGAAAAAGUCGAAACACGACCUUGUUGCACCCAACGGUGAUCCGCUCCCAGAGGUUAUCACCGAGGAGCAUGCAAUAGAGUACUUGCGAAAGAUGGGUGGUGCUGUGCAGACUGGCGAAGUUAUUACUUACUUCAAGAGAGCAUUGAAGCAUGAUCCUGAGAACCAGAAGAGAUUGACUGAUGCGCUCAAGAAAGUGUCUAGCCAGGCUCAGAAGGGGUACAUCAAAUUGAUUCCCCAAUACGUCUAA